CGCUUGAAGAAACCCAAUAUCUAUCUUUUGCUUCAAGGAGUUUUAAGCUCCGCAACAAUGGCGGUUCUCUCGAACCCACUACUGCUCCGCUAGGGCUACCAAAAACCCUAAACCCUAAAUUCAAUUUCCGAUUUUUCCCACAAUUUCAAUCGAUUUGCUGCCAAAGACAAAUGCUGAAGCUUCUGUCUUCUUCCUCCUCAUGCCUCCAGGGCCGAAUCCACAGCCUGGGUCCUAAUUUGGGGCUCCGUCCCGGGCCCACCGAGCUCGCCUCGCCGUUUCUCCGAGUUAUUAGCUCGCUCACCGGGUUGACUCGGCCCAGUUCGGUUGGCCGAGCGUAUUUUUGCUCGGACGGGAAAGAUGGGUCUGAUCAGGUGGCGGAAAUCGAGGUAAAGAAAGCCGAGGCAGAGGGAGAGGCCGCUGAGUCGAAAUCUUCAUCGGCAAUUGUGCCCACAAAUCCGAGACUCGACGAUUAUCUAACGGUUUUAGCGUUGCCAUUGCCGCAUCGUCCGCUCUUUCCAGGGUUCUACAUGCCAAUUUAUGUGAAGGAUCCUAAGUUGUUGGCAGCUUUACAAGAAAGCCGAAAACGGCAUGCUCCAUAUGCUGGUGCUUUUCUUCUCAAGGAUGAGCCAGGGACUGACCCUAGUGUGGUCUCAGGUUCUGAAACAGAUAAAAACAUAACAGACUUAAAAGGGAAGGAGUUAUUUAACCGUCUGCAUGAAGUCGGUACUCUUGCCCAGAUUUCAAGCAUUCAAGGGGACCAAGUUGUUCUAAUUGGUCAUAGGCGACUUCGAAUUACAGAGAUGGUUGAGGAGGAUCCUCUGACUGUAAAAGUUGACCAUCUCAAGGACAAACCCUAUAACAAGGAUGAUGAUGUCAUAAAGGCAACGUCAUUUGAGGUUAUAUCGACUUUAAGAGACGUUCUGAAGACUAGUUCCCUUUGGAGGGAUCAUGUUCAAACAUACACUCAGCAUAUAGGUGAUUUUAAUUUUCCAAGGUUAGCAGAUUUUGGAGCGGCUAUAUCUGGUGCAAACAAGUUUCAAUGUCAGCAAGUGCUUGAAGAGCUAGAUGUUUAUAAACGUUUAAAGCUCACACUGGAACUAGUGAAGAAAGAGAUAGAAAUCAGCAAGAUUCAGGAAUCUAUUGCAAAGGCAAUUGAAGAGAAGAUAAGUGGUGAACAACGCCGCUACUUGUUGAAUGAGCAGCUUAAAGCAAUAAAAAAGGAACUGGGAUUGGAGGCGGAUGACAAAACAGCACUUUCUGCAAAGUUCAGGGAGAGACUUGAACCAAACAGGGAAAAAUGCCCACCUCAUGUGUUGCAAGUUAUAGAAGAAGAGCUCACAAAACUGCAGCUUUUGGAGGCUAGUUCAAGUGAAUUUAAUGUGACGCGUAAUUACCUAGAUUGGUUGACUUCCAUUCCAUGGGGAAAUUACAGUGAUGAGAACUUUGAUGUUCUUCGGGCUCAAAAGAUUCUUGAUGAAGAUCACUAUGGAUUAAGUGAUGUAAAGGAAAGGAUAUUGGAAUUUAUUGCCGUCGGGAAACUUAGAGGAAUGUCACAAGGGAAAAUCAUUUGUCUCUCUGGUCCACCUGGAGUGGGCAAAACCAGCAUUGGUCGUUCAAUUGCACGUGCCUUGAACCGUAAUUUCUACCGAUUCUCUGUGGGAGGAUUAUCCGAUGUCGCUGAAAUUAAGGGGCAUCGUCGGACCUACAUUGGUGCUAUGCCAGGAAAGAUGGUACAAUGCCUUAAAAACGUGGGAACAGCUAACCCUUUAGUUCUGAUUGAUGAGAUUGACAAGUUGGGAAGGGGGCAUGCUGGUGAUCCUGCAAGUGCUUUGUUGGAGCUUCUUGAUCCAGAGCAAAAUGCUAAUUUUCUUGACCAUUAUCUUGAUGUUCCAAUUGACCUGUCAAAGGUUCUGUUUGUUUGUACAGCAAAUGUUGUGGAGAAUAUACCGAAUCCUCUCUUGGAUAGAAUGGAGGUUAUUUCCAUAGCUGGGUAUAUUACUGAUGAAAAAAUGCACAUUGCUAGAGAUUAUUUGGAGAAGACCACACGUGAAGCAUGUGGAAUUGAACCUGAACAGGUUGAAGUGACCAAUGCAGCUCUUCUUGCUCUUAUAGAAAAUUAUUGCCGCGAAGCAGGAGUUAGGAACCUCCAAAAGCACAUAGAAAAGAUCUACCGCAAGAUAGCUCUGCAACUUGUUAGACAAGGAGCAUCAGAUGAACCUGCAGUUGCUGACCAAAAGUCUCCCACUAGUCAGAUUGAUCUCCCAGUCGAACCUGGAGUUCUUGCAGCUCAGGUUGUAGAGACCUCUGAAACCAAAGUAGAAGAUAUUGAUAAAGUAGAUCAAAGCGUGGACCAGACUGCAACUGGAUCCUUAGAGAAGGAUCUCCCAGCCGAACCUGCAGUUGGUGAAGUUGAGGUUGCAGAUACUGAUGAACCUACGGAUUCAAAGGAUGCGAAAGAGACUGAGAAAAUUCAGGAAAGUGAAGGAACAAAAACAGUUGAAAAAAUCUUGGUUGACGAACCAAACUUGUCUGAUUUUGUUGGCAAACCUGUUUUCCAUGCUGAACGCCUCUAUGAUCAGACUCCGGUUGGAGUUGUGAUGGGUCUUGCUUGGACUGCCAUGGGCGGUUCCACCUUGUACAUAGAGACCACUCAGGUUGAGGAAGGAGAGGGGAAAGGAGGCCUUCAUGCAACUGGUCAACUUGGAGAUGUUAUGAAAGAAAGUACCCAAAUUGCUCACACAGUUGCAAGAGCGAUAUUGCUCGAUAAAGAUCCAAGCAAUGCCUUCUUUGCCGAUUCCAAGCUUCAUCUACAUGUUCCUGCUGGGGCCACACCAAAAGAUGGACCUAGUGCUGGUUGCACCAUGAUAACAUCCAUGCUGUCCAUUGCCAUGAAGAAGCCUGUCAAGAAAGAUUUAGCAAUGACCGGUGAAGUAACACUAACUGGGAAGAUCCUUCCAAUUGGCGGGGUUAAGGAGAAAACUAUAGCAGCGAGGAGGGGAGGAGUGAAGACCAUUAUAUUUCCUGCAGCCAACAGGAGGGAUUUCGACGAGCUUGCCCCUAAUGUAAAAGAAGGUCUUGAUGUUCACUUUGUAGAGGACUACAAUCAGAUAUUCGAUUUGGCUUUCGGUGAUGGCCAGAACAAGGACGAAUAGGCCUUCUUCCCCAGCAAUUCUCAAGAUAGAACUGAAACUGGCAUACAUGCCCGGUGCGUGUUUUCUUGUCGUCCUUGGGUCAGGACCAUCCCCAUAAGCAUCAGAACAGGGCUAAGCCAAAUUAGAAGAGAGAUAAAUCAUUUGGAUGGCUGCAAGGCACAAGUUUUUUUUUUCUUAUUUAAAUUUAUUCACUUUUAUAUUUGUCUUACUGUUCUGGUGAAAUUGAAGCAUCCAAUUGCCCCAUUUUGUAACAAGCACAUUUGAGCAGAAUUUUGAUAUAUCUGUGGAACGAAUGAGGGAAAUUUUCGAAUUAUUUAAUAAAUAUGGAAGUUAGUUUUUUUA